AUGGAUCAACAACGUGGGCGGUCACCCUCUGCGGGACAUCAACAGCUUCAUAUAAACCAGAGCCACUCUCCCUCACCGCAGCCAUAUCAAGAUAAUGCCAAUUCGAUUGGGCUAGGACUAGGCCUUGACAACAACGCAGGCAACAACAACGGUAACGGUCAACAAUUUAUGAACGGUGGCUUCAAUUCGAACAACGGCCUUCCAUCUUAUUCUGAGAGUAACGAAUACUUGAAUCAACAAGGACAAUCGUUCUCACAAGGCAGUCUUGGAGAAUCCAAUUACGCGCAGAGCCAAAACUUUGGAGGACAGUUCAAGUCAGAAGAGGGAGCUUCUCCUUUCAAUCAACAGCACGGCAGUUUCACGCAAGAAUUGCUAAAUCCAAAUCUCCCGACCAAUUUCAACGACGGCGACUUUCCUCUCUUCUCGACGCCUGGAAAUUCUACAGACCAGUACGACCCUUCUUUUUUCAUGAGCGAGUUGCCCUCUCAAUCUUCAAAUCAGCAGUCCGUGAACCCCUCACAACUCGACAUGGCUUCUCCACAGAUGCACCAAACUCCUACCCCGCCAAAUCUACUUCAACCAAAUUCUCAAUCUCCUGCAUCCGCACAUCAAUCGCCCUCCUUCAACCAGGGCGCCUUUCAGCCAUCACCAAACCACUCCAGAAAUGCAUCACUUGGGCCUGAAAGUGCUGCUUUCCCUGGUCAGAACCUCGAGUGGAGCAAUAUGAUGGCACCUCAAUUCACCACUCACAGACGGACACCAUCUGAAUACUCUGAUGUAUCUGUCUCCUCUGCAGCGCAUUCGCCCAACCUUGGCCAUCAUGACGCAUUCGACUCCAUAGAGCAACAUCAUUCGCCAAUGCAGCAUCCGCAAGAUUCAAGCCUUUAUCAAGAAGUCCUAAGCAUUGGUAAUUUCUCUUUGUCCGAUCCUCAGAUUCAACAUGGAGCAAGUCCAAGACGAGGUUUAAGUCCUGCACACAGUCCUACUAUUUCUCCCCGCUUGGGACCACAAAACAUUCCAAGUAUGAACCAACCAAAUGCAUUCAUGCUGGGUAUGAACAACAAUAAUGGAUUCGGCCAAUCUUCCUUGUAUAGUCAAAGCCAGGAGAGCUUUCCUCAAUUGCAAAAUGACAUGGGUCAAGCACAGCAAAUGGUUCCUCCAGAAAUUAAUGUCCAGCUCGCGCCAACAUCGACGCAGAACAGCUUUGAGCCUCCGAAGCCAGGCAACUUUGACAACGAUGCCUUGACACCCCCUGAUCGAGGACGUCGUCGUCGAGCCUUCACAGAUCCGAAUAACAGCGGAUCUGGUAUCUCUCGUCCUCACACACCAAGUGCAUCUUCCACGCUUGGGUCUGAUCUCGCAGCACCAUCUCCUAGCUCGCACCGCUCUUUAUCCCCGAACGAUCGGUCCGGAGCCAGCUCACCCAGUAGACGCCGCCAAUCCACAUCGUCCCUGCCAAAUCGUGAUUACAUCCUUGGCCUAGCUGAUCCUGAUUACCAAGGAUCGGCCUCGGAAAGUGGCAAUGCUAAACGAGUGCAAAAGCACCCUGCGACCUUCCAAUGUACCCUUUGUCCAAAGCGAUUCACUCGAGCAUACAAUCUCCGCUCUCAUUUGCGUACACACACUGACGAACGUCCUUUCGUUUGUACAGUCUGUGGCAAAGCUUUUGCUCGACAACAUGAUCGAAAGCGUCACGAAGGGUUACAUUCUGGGGAAAAGAAGUUCGUCUGUAAGGGCGAGCUGAAGCAAGGUGGACAGUGGGGAUGCGGUCGAAGAUUUGCUCGCGCUGAUGCACUCGGUCGCCAUUUCCGGUCUGAAGCAGGAAGAAUCUGCAUCAAGCCUCUGCUCGAUGAAGAAGCAAUCGAACGACAACGUCUCUGGAACGAGCAACGAAUGCAAAAUAUGCACAACAUGCAGCAACCCCAGCCAAUUCCGGUUGAUGCCAAUGGCUUCCCUAUGGAUGCCAGUGGCAACUACACCUUACCGGCAGCCUUGUUGGCUCAGUACCCUGCACUGGCGACUCUGAGCUGGUCUGAAUUGCCACAAGGGGAUGUCGGCAUCGACGAUGAUCCUAGUGGGAGAAGCAGUUUCGAUGCGAGCGGCUCCGAAUACUAUGAUGAGGGAGACGAGGGCGGGUAUGUUUCCAGCGGUCCACAGCCCGGUUACGGCCAAGCACAGAUGAAUGACCCAUACAAUGGCUAUUCUAGUGAUGUACCUCGCUGA